AUGCCGACGAAUCUACUCGAUUCAGUCUCUAGCCAAGAACGUGCGGAAGUGAAAAAAUCUGUGGAGGAUCCUAUGGAGGUUGAGGUUGCUGAAGGCUGUACUAUGGCUCAGUUCUGUGACAAGAUCAUUGAUAUUUUCCUGAAUGAGAAGCCUAAAGUUAAACAAUGGAAGAAGUACUUGGUUUUAAGAGAUGAGUGGAACAAGUACAGUGUUAACUUCUACAAGCGUUGCUGA